CGCUGGUUGCCCAAUCACGUGACCCAAACAAAUCGAGCUCCGGCGCUCUUCUUUCUCGGACAGCUCCCCCUCAGCUUUCUACUUUCAACUUUCAUUCCCCGGGCUAUGCGACCUGGAUCUGUCGCUUUUCCCCUUCAGUCCUGUUAGUUCCAUUCCGCUCGUCCAUCAACGCCCUCUCAACGCGCUCGCUUCAGCCCAUACUUUUUUUUUGCGGAACCAGAUCGCGCCUUUCAAUUGCCCACCAUGACUUCUCUCUUCGGAGCGCCCGCCCAGAACACCGGCAGUAGCCUGUUUGGCAACACUGCGAACAAGUCACCCUUCGGUGGUACGACAACCGGUGCCCAAUCCACCGCUACGGGAAUGUUCGGGCAACAGAAUCAGCAGCAAGGAUCGCUCGGCGGUUCAACAUUCGGCGCCAGUACUACACCUCAGACACAACAAUCAGGAGGCUUGUUCGGGAAUGUACAGAAGCCCCAGAACAGCCUACUUGGCGGAAGUACCUUCGGGCAGCCGCAGCAGCAGCAACAGCCGCAGCAACAGAGCAGCGUAUUCGGAACGUCGCUUGGACAGAAACCACAAGGCUCUCUCUUUGGUGGCAACACUCAACAGGCAACUGGCCUCGGAGGUGGAUCGCUCCUGGGCAACCAGCAGCAACAAGCGCAGCAACCACAGCAAUCGCAAUUCGGCCAAACUACCAUGGCUACUCCACAGGGCCAGCAACAGCAGCCUCCUCUGUCAUCAAGCCUAUGGUCUCCCGGCCGUGCGAUCACCGGAGUGCACCGGACCGUUCCCAUGCAGAUCGCAAUUGUCAAGGACAAGUGGGAUCCCCCCAGUCAAUCCUCGCCAUUCCGAGCAUAUCUCUAUAACAAUGUCGGCGAGGAGGCCGCACCUUUCUACCAACCGGGCCCCGAGGAUGAUCAUACAAAGUGGGAGGAAGCUUUGCGCAAGCGCCCCGGUCCGGGGUAUGUCCCUGUACUUGUGAAGGGCUUCUGGGAGCUCGGCAAGCGCGCCCAGCGACAAAGAGACUUCCUUACCAUGAUGCAAUCGCGCCUGCAUGAGAUCAACAACUGCCUGACUGAGCUUCUUGCGAAGCAUGACCUCAACCUGUCCAUUAAGAUCGCCGACGCCCGUCGGAAGCAUAUUAUUCUCAGCAAACGGUGCCUCGCCCUUGCUGCCAAGACACAGAUCCUCCGCAACCGAGGCUACGCCAUGGAUGAGGCAGAAGAGGAGCUGAAGAAGAAGCUGACCCAGCUGGAACGUUCUGUCUUUGACCCGUCGAUCAAUGGUCGUGCCGAAGAGAUCUGGGCCCGUAUGCUGGCCAUUCAUGAGCACUCCAAGCGACUGCAGGCGGAGUUGGAUCGUGCUGGCGUGAGCGUGACACCCGCUGAAGACGAUAUCGAUGAGCAGACUUUGAAGACAGCGAAGAAGAUUCUCGAUGACUACCACUCCCAGAUUCAGCAUCUCCAGAAGGAAAUGGAGUCUAUCAAGAAGGACUUUGAAGAAGCGAAGAGCGCGAACGGAAACUGAUUACUUUCUUUCAGCUCAGCUGCCAUUCAAGUCUCAAGUUCAUCUGUUUCUAUUCAUCUUGACGGUUAUGGGAGUACUGGCGUUCUAGGGGACCGGACCAUUGUAAUGCAUACUUGAAUACGAUCUCAUUUGCCAUACCUUCUUGCCAACCCCUUUCCCAUGAAAAAUUAUCUUGCAAUUUCUAGUUUGUUCUAUAUCCGACAAAACACAGAAAACACCAAGCAUGUAAAAUAGUAAUACAAGUCCCAACUGCAAACCAAAUCCAAAGGUAUUGAUGAGCCAGAGCUAUCCAUAGUUUAGACAUAUGUG